GAGACACUGUUGAGCCUGGUGUAUGUCCAACGGGCACACUGGCGCUGCUUCCAGUACCAGGGGUCCUUAUGCCAGCAGGAGGUGCGGGGUGAGGCUGACCCCAGCACCUUCACCCCGAGCCUCUCCUUCCAAGGCCUGGUGGGUGUCUGGCCCUUAUGCCUACAGACCAGAGACACCAUACAGCUCCUGACACCACAGACACAGCAGCUCAGGGAGAGGAUUGGUGAGAAACUGCUGCAGCUGAGGAGGGAAGCCUCCAGGCCCAGCGUGAAGAGGUGGAGCUCACACACAGCCAGGACCACGUGGCCUUCAUGUUCAGCUUUCAGGUCCAGGGAGAGGAGGUGGAGCUCACACACAGCCAGGAACAUGUGGCCUUCAUGUUCAGCCUCCAGGCCCAGCGUGAGGAGGUGGAGCUCACACACAGCCAGGAACAUGUGGCCUUCAUGUUCAGCUUCCAGGUCCAGGGAGAGGAGGUGGAGCUCACACACAGCCAGGAACAUGUGGCCUUCAUGUUCAGCCUCCAGGCCCAGGGGGAGGAGGAGCUGCAGACCAUUCAGGAGAACUACAAGUCUGUCUACCUCCACCCCGCCACCAAUGCCUGUGCUCUGCUCUCGGCCGGCUCACUGCUGCAGGUCGUGGACGAGGUGUUUGCAGGCCGAGCCAGGGCCGGUGUGGGCAUCAUCCGUCCCCCGGCCACCACGCCGAGCCGGACCGCCCCCACGGCCUCUGCUUCUACAACAAUGUGGCCGUCGCCGCCAACAGGCUGGGAUGCCAAGGGUGCUGGUGGUGGACCAGGAUGUGCACCUCGGCAGCGGCAUCCAGCAUUUGUUUGUGGCCGAGCCGAGGGUGCUGUACGUGUCCCUCCACCGCCAUGACCACGGCCUCUUCUUUCCAUCCUCUGAGGACCCAGACUACGACGAGUGGGGACGGGACCUGGCCAAGGCUACAACAUUAACAUUUGCUGCAACAAGAGUGGCAUGGGUGACGCAGAGGCUCUCACUCAGGUGGUGCUGCCCGUGGCUUACCAGUUCAACCCACAGCUGGUCCUGGUCACUGCCAGCCUUGGUGUUGGUGCGGGGACCCACUUGGAGGUUGCCGCGUGAGUCCUGAUUGCUUUGGACAUAUGAUGGCCCUUCUGUCUGGCCUGGCCGAGGGCCGCAUGGUUCUGGCACUGGAGGGUGGCUUCAGCCUCAACACCAUCAGCUACUGCAUGACGCUGUGUGCCAAGGCCUUGCUGGGGGAUCCGCUGCCCCCCCUUGAGCCCCAGCUGGUGCCCAACAAGAGUGCCGUGCAGACCAUCAAUGGCGUCAUCCGUACCCACAACCGCUACUGGCCGGCGCUCUGC